UUAAAAACGCAUUUUAGUAAUCUUUAAUAAAUAUUUUUAUUCCUUAAUAACAGCUCAAAAUAUUAAUAAAUAACACACUAUGUUAAAUGGUACACAAUUCAUGCAAGAAGCUAUAAGAUCGUUGUGCCCAAGUAAGCUACAGUGCUGCCAUAUCUCAUUUUCUCUACUCAACCAUUUAUGCUUUGAGGUUUCCACCAUCAAGUCAACGAUAGAGCCAACCCAAUCCAAGCAUUCUCUCCUUGGUGUUAUUUCCAAACGGUGUAACUUGUAAACCAAGAAAUUUCUUUCGAUGAUCCCAAAAACACACAAGACUCUGGCCAAUCACCAAUCACCAUCGUCUAUAAAAGUAUAUCCAUUAUCUUCUGUUCUUUGAGAAGAUCAAUUGAUUUCUAGAAUUAACAGAAAUGGCAGAGGCCCUUGUUAAGUUCUUUAUGCAGAGAUUGGAAACUCUAUUGCUUCAAGAAGCUGAGACCUUUACUUGUCUCACUGAUCAAAUUUUAAGUAUCAAAGACUCACUCAAGAAGAUUGGUGAGUUUCUUGGAGAUAAGGACAACGCAGAAAGUGAUGCUGCUCUUUGUAGUUGGGUCAACAAAGUCAAAGAUAUAGUUUUUGCCAUGGAUGACCAUAUUGAUGAGUUCAUGAUUCAGAUGGCUAAAAAAAUUGGGGCUGAUAGGCUGGCGUUGACCGAAUGUUUCAGACACGAACUGCAGAAGAUAGAAUUUCAAAUCGCUGAAACCGUCUGCAGAAUCACAGAACUCAAUAUUUCAACUGUAAGGGAAGAAAAGAAGGGAGAGAAAGAAGGUCAGGCAUCUUCUGCAUCUUCCACUGUUCCAUUCAAAUUAGAAUACAAUAGUUUACCUUAUUACCUUCAAUCUUGUUUGAUGUAUUGUUGUAUAUUUCCUGAGAAUUACUGGAUACACAAGGGUAGAUUGAUCCGGUGGUUGGUAGCUGAAGGUCUGAUACAAGAGAAAACAGGACAAUUGUUAGAAGAAGUAGCAGAAGAAAAUAUAAAUGAGCUAGUCAACCGGGGAAUGCUUCAAGUAAUAGAUAGACAUCCAGGGGAUGGAAUUAAACUAAUUGUUUCUUCUCCUUAUCGCAUUUUCCUUGGAGAAAAUUUUACAAUUACUCAAGCUGAUUUAGAUGCAAGUAAUGUGAAAAUACCCCGUACAGCACGCUGUGUCUUAACUUCUGACAUGUCAAAAAUUGGGCAGAAUAAUCUCCAGCCUCGGUCUUUAUUCUUGUUUGGAAAUCAAGAAAAUAUUGAAGGAAAUUGGGUGGAUUUGAAAUGGGCAAAGUUUUUACGGGUGCUAGAUCUAGAGAAUACCAAAAUGAAGAGAUUGCCAGAUGAAGUAGGAGACCUGAUUCACCUGACAUAUCUUGGCUUGAAACACUGCAACUUAAAUGAGCUUCCAGCAACACUUGGUAAACUACGAGCACUGCAGACUCUAGAUAUAAGAUGGUGCGGGAAUUUAUCAGAACUAUCUCCUGAGAUAUUAAGACUUGUAAGCCUAAGGCACUUAAAAAUGUUCAAGAGUAUAAAUGUUAGUGGCGUGGAGCUGCCACAGGGAAUGGGUAGAUUAAGAAACCUCUUGACACUCACCGGUGUGCAUGCUGGGGGUGGCAUAGCAGGGGAAUUAGACAAGUUGACUCUGCUUAGGAGACUAGGAGUGAUGGAUGUAGCUGAAGAGAAUGCUGGUGAGCUUUAUGCCUCCAUAAUGAAGAUGAAAGGUCUUUUUUGCUUGUCUCUAGAAGCAACAUUCUUCAACAAGCAACACCUUGUGCUCUCAGAGUCAUUCACACCUCCACCUCUUCUUAGGAAACUUCGCCUAGAGGGUCUCCUAGAAAAGAUACCCAGCUGGCUUGGCUCAAUGGAAAAUCUUACAAAGCUAAGGCUAGGUUUUUCUCAUUUAUCUGAGAACCCAACAUCAGUUCUUCAGCUUCUACCUAACUUGAGAAUUUUAACCCUAUGGCAAGCUUAUGAUGCAAAACAACUGGGAAAAGAAUUCUGCAAAGCCGGUGGAUUUCCCAAACUUGAGAUUCUCAGCAUUGCUUCUCAUGUUCUUGAGGAAUGGACAGAGCUUGAAGAGGGAGCUUUGCCAAGCUUACAAUACCUCCACUUCCACAACUGUUUGAGUCUUAGGAUGCUCCCAGAAGGUCUGCAGUCCGUCACUACUUUGAAGCAGUUGGAUUUGCUGCCUUUGCUUGAUGAACAUGCUGAAAGGUUAAAACCUGAUGGUGGGGAGGAAAAUUACAAGAUCGGGCACAUUCCAAGAAUAUCAUUCUUGCCCAUGUCUGUUUUGAAUUCAAUGGCACAUGACCACCCUUGCAAUCAAACCGAAGUUAAAUCUGAAGAAUAAAGUUGUGGCCUAGUAUCAUGUUUGUGUUAAUUCAUACAAAUAAGUAUAGGAUUCCAAUGACUAUAGAAGUCCCUUAAAUUUCUGUACUUUAUCACUUGUUAUUGUGUAUGUAUUCAACCAUUCAUGUGUUGUUGUCUCACUGCUGCUUGUAUUGGUCUGGGAAUUUUAUGAAAAGAUAAUUUGAUAUUCAUGUUGA